AGAAAUGCUCAAGGGCAUCUCCGGUUGUUUAUAAGGUCUUGAAGACUUCCGGAGAUGUACGCUCCAGGACCCUGGUCAUUUGACCCUGCCGAGCUGUUGUUAGCAAAGUUUUACUUAACAACAUCCUCAUCUUGGUUUCUCGACGACUAUGGCUGCGCCUUUAGUCGACCAGAAGCAGGUACCCGCUACCCAGAGCGCGGACUCGGGAUCCUCCCAGCUCUCCAAACAGGAGCGACCGGCGCAUGGCUCCUAUGAGGACCACCCGUUCAAUGAUCGCGUGACGGCGCAGUACUGGCGGGAAGUUUACGAGAAGGCGGAAUAUGAGGGACGGCAUCGGUUCGAUCCGGAAUACACGUGGACGGCAGAAGAGGAGAAAAAGCUUGUUCGCAAGCUUGACUUCAGAAUUACACUAUGGGCAUGGAUGAUGUUUGUGUCGCUGGAUCUGAACCGCAAGAACAUCAAUCGAGCCAUCUCUGACAACAUGUUACCCGAACUUGGCAUGAAUACCAACGACUUCAAUUAUGGACAAACCAUCUUCCUCGCCAUGUUCCUGUUCGCCGAACUGCCUAGCGGACUGAUCAGCAAGAAAGUUGGAGCUGAUCGAUGGAUUCCGACCAUUAUUUGCGCCUGGUCGAUCGUCAGUGCUUCGCAAUGUGCAAUCACUACCAAGUCGCACUACUUCGCCAUCCGCGCGCUCUUGGGCCUUUUGAUGGGAGGGUUCAUUCCCGAUAUCGUUCUAUGGCUCACAUACUUCUUCAAAUCCAACGAGCUUCCAACUCGUCUGGCGUGGUUCUGGACAGCACUGAGCUUCUGUAACAUCGUCGGAUCUCUUCUGGCCGCGGGCAUUCUUCAAAUGCGAGGUCUACAUGGCUGGGGUGGAUGGCAAUAUCUCUUCCUGAUCGAGGGUACCCUCACUUUUGUCAUCGGUGUCUUCUCCUUCGUGCUGAUGCCUGCCGGAGCCACUCAGACUGCAAGCUGGUUCCGCGGUAAGAACGGCUGGUUCAGCGAACACGAGGAGUACAUUCUCGUCAACCGCGUGCUGCGCGAUGACCCAUCCAAGGGCGAUAUGAACAACAGAACCGGCGUCAGCCCACGCCUCCUGUGGAAGACCAUCACCGACUGGGAGCAAUGGCCGCUCUACCUCAUCGGCCUCAUGGCCUACAUCCCGCCUUCUCCUCCUUCAACCUACCUCUCCUACAUCCUGCGUCAGCUCGGCUUCAGCACCUUCCAAGCCAACAUGCUGCUCAUCCCCUCGCAAUUCCUCUUCGCCGUGCAACUCCUCAUCCUGACCUGGGUGUCCAAGAAACUUAGAGAGCGCGCCAUCGUCUCCAGCUUAUCAAAUUUUUGGAUCUUCCCAUGGCUGUGUGCGCUCGUGACCCUCCCCGCCAACGCAAACCCCUGGGUACGCUACGCACUCCUCAGCGGCCUACUGUCGUACCCCUACUGCCACGCGAUCCUGGUCGGCUGGAACGCAGCGAACUCGAACUCGGUACGUACGCGCGCUGUGUCCGCGGCAUUCUACAACAUGUUUGUCCAGUCGGGCAACAUCAUCGCGUCGAACAUCUACCGCAACGACGACCAGCCGCUGUAUCGCCGCGGAAACAAGAUCCUGCUCGCGAUUUGCUGCGUCAACAUCACGCUGUUCUUCGGCGUCAAGGCGUUUUACGUGUGGCGCAACAACGUGCGGGAUAGGCUGUGGAAUGCGAUGACGAAGGAGGAGCAGGAUGAUUAUAUUGUUAGUACCAAGGACGAGGGGAUGAAGAGGUUGGACUUCAGGUUUGUGCAUUAGCUUCACGAGAGAGGUGGGACUCUGCAAUGGGGAAAGUAGGAGAGGAGGGCACCUGGUGAGAUGACACGAGAAACGAGAAACGAGAAACGAGAAACGAGAAACGAGAAACGAGAAACGAG